AGCAGAGUCCCGUCAACACAAAGAACGACAGUGUGGAUGAAACGAAAGCUGUGCAUGUCACCUACUUCUUGCUCACAUGGACCCUGAGGAGCUUAAAGGCUGACCCCCCCGCCACACCGCAGGGGAUCAAUAAUCGUAUCAGUUUGGUGUCAGUUAUCGUGAUUUAAUGUCAGUUACAGUAAUGAAGACAACAGAUCCAGUUUAUUUAACAGUCUUAAUGUGAGCAGCGAGAUCAGGUACGUUUUGGAUAUGAUUAUUUUAAAGGCAAACAGAGCAAAACAAAGAGUCGUGUUGACACGGGACACUCUCUGACCUUUGACCCAGCAGCGUUAAUUAUAAGCCUGCACUCAGAAUACCCAUCAGCCCUCAUGUUUUCACACCACGAUGUCUCCACAAGAUAUUAGUGGGAGGUGGUCCAGGGUAUAAAAGCUGGAUGAUGUCCUGCUGAAGAGACAGAAUAGAGACACUGCAAGAAGAAAGACGCUCGUCUUUGUCUUGCAGCUGCUUUUUUGAUUCUUCUCUGCAAAGAGAAAUUUCUUUGACGUCUCGUCCUCCACAGAAACAAAAGACUCCAAGAUGAACGCAUCAGCAGGUGCAGGCGCCAAGGCCGCUCCGCCCAAGUUCAAGCAGAAGGAGGCCAGGACGUUCAAGAGCAAGGCUCCCAAAGCCGGACAGAAGGGGUUCGACAACGACGUCCCAGGGAUGGAGGGUCUUGGAGACUCUGCGGUCGUCUGCCCCUGGGAGGCGUUCGGUGACAUGGAGCUGAGCGACCUGGCUCAGUUUGGCAUCGUCUAGUCGUGUUUGUUAGACGUGAGCUCCACCCUGGUCCAGGACGGAUGUGGUGAGGAAGGUGUUUGAAGAUGGAGGAGAGAUUUCACAGUGGGACAGAUCUCUGCUGGAUCAGGGUGUUUACAGGCUCUCAGUAAAGAAAUAUUCUUAUAUAUAUAUAUAUAUUUAUAUAUUUUUCUAGGUCCUGGUUAAAUACAUUUAUAUUAUUUUCCUAUAAAAUAAAAGUGAACACAUCAGCAGCUCUACA